UUAAAUUACGUAGCAUAUUCAACAGUAGAUAUGUUGGUAUCAUAUUAUGAACUUAAUUGUUAAUGGCUGAUAUGUGCAGUUCUUACAUUUUCGUGUAAUCAAAGUCAAAUGAUAAAUCAGACAUUAUUAGCUGUAAUGUUGACAGUGGCGUUCGUUGGAGUACGAAAUUUUGUGUUUACAUCGAAUAACUGAUAAAUUUUUAUUUACAAUGUUAAAAUACAAUAUAUAUAAUAAUGAAAAUUAUUUAAAAAAUAAAACGAUACAUCUUUUACUAACUUAGAACGAAAUAUGUACUUUCAAUAUCGAUCUGUUAUAACAAUAAGCCGGAUAAAAUUAACAUUUAUAGAAAUAUAAAAUGAAAAAAUGGCAGAUAUUUUAACUCCAUUUGUAUAUUGGGCUCAAACAGAGCAACAAAUUACAUUAAAGCAUGUUAAAGUUUACAUGAAUGAGAACAAAUUAAGGGUUACUGUUUAUGGACAAGGCGCGAGAGGUCUUAAUGAAUAUGGAUUUAGCUUGGAUUUACAUUCAUCUAUUAAUGUUGAGGAAAGUAAUUACAAAGUAACAGCUCGACAAGUUGAUUUUACAUUGGGUAAAAAGUGUCCUGCUUGGUGGCCAAGAUUAACUAGUCAACCACAAAAGCCAUCAUGGCUGAAAAUCGAUUUUGAUAAAUGGACAAGCGAAGAUUUAGACGAUAACGAAGAUGAAAGACGAGAUGUAUGCAGUGAUUAUCCCGACAUGUACGAUAAACUUCAUGAAGAAGAGUUUGGCUAUAGAAAAGAGGAUUUCAAAAAAGUGUAUCUAAUUAUCUAUAACCUUUGUCAAUUUGUUGGUUUUAUCUAUAUUCUAACUGUAAUGGGAAUUACGUAUUCGCGAGAUGGACCAGCAUCUAUGAAAGAAACUUAUGUAGCUGUUGGGAAUGCAAUGAAAUUUAUACAACUUAUACAAUUUUUAGAAGUUAUGCAUUCAUUAUUUGGUUACACUAAGAGUAGUACAUUUGUAACAUUUGUACAAGUGGGAGGCAGAGCAUUUAUUUUAUUUAUUAUGAUUGAGGCUGAACCACGUAUGCAAACGAAACCAGUUGUCUUUUAUCUUUUCCUUGUAUGGAGUAUAGUAGAAGUAUUUAGAUAUCCUUAUUAUCUCAUGCAAUUACUUAAAAUCGAGAUUUCAUUUUUAACAUGGCUAAGAUAUACAAUAUGGAUGCCUUUAUAUCCAUUAGGCUUCCUUUGUGAAGGGAUUAUAAUAUUAAGAAAUAUCCCAUAUUUUGAAGAGACGCAGAAGUUUACUGUUUCUUUACCAAAUUCUUGGAAUUUUGCAUUUCAUUUUCCAUCGUUUUUAAAGAUAUAUUUACUCAUAUUCUGUUUACCCUUUAUGUACAUGCUGAUGUCUCGCAUGAACCAAAUACGUUAUAAAAAGUUAGGCAAAUCUAGGUUGAAAAAAAAGUAUGCGUGAUGUAAAACAAGAUAAGAUAAAGAAAUUAAAAUAUUAGAAAAUUUCA